AUGCUUGGUAAGUGCGAAAGGAGUAUCUAUCUAUCUAUGUCAGUCUUUUCAUUAUCUAUCUAUCUAUCUAUCUAUCUAUCUAUCUAUCUAUCUAUCUAUCUAUCUAUCUAUCUAUCUCAGUCUUUUCACUAUCAGUCAAUCAAUCAAUCUAUCUAUCUAUCUAUCUAUCUAUCUAUCUAUCUAUCUAUCUAUCUCAGUCUUUUCACUAUCAGUCAAUCUAUCUAUCUAUCUAUCUAUCUAUCUAUCUAUCUAUCUAUCUAUCUAUCUAAGGACGUGGGUGAUAAUACCUCUGCGCAUCUUGAACUGAAGACGCGGACCCGUUGCUUUUAUUACCGAGCCAGCCAAAACCGCAAGACAUACACCAUUACUUGCGUUAUUAGAAUUCCCCGUACCACUCCGACCUCUGUCCUUCAUUUUGUCCACCUGAAUAAAUCAGCAUUUCAGUUGGACACUUUUAUUCACCACCUAACGUCGAGGAAAUUCAUUUUCUUUUCAUUCAGCCUCCUCUCCUACUUGACAUUCGCAGGAAAUUUAUCGGUCUAUUCAUAUCUAUCUAUCUAUCUAUCUAUCUAUCUAUCUAUCUAUCUAUCUAUCUAUCUAUCUAUCUAUCUCAGUCUUUUCAUUAUCUAUCUAUCUAUCUAUCUAUCUAUCUAUCUAUCUAUCUAUCUAUCUCAGUCUUUUCACUAUCAGUCAAUCAAUCAAUCACUCAAUCUAUCUAUCUAUCUAUCUAUCUAA